UGUACUAAGCAAUCGGCUAACUGUGAAUUCAGACGUGGCGCCCGGUCUGAACGCGGAGGUUCAGAACCACCCGGUCUGUCCGCAGCGAAAUUUGUCAAGGGACGAUAUCCAUUUCUGCCGCAUCCAUUUUUUUCUGCAGCAGAAGCCGGGACCAUGUGGAGGAAGGCUUUUGUGGGUGCCUUGCUCGCCCUCACGGUCGGGUACUUCUACCACACGGACCCCGAGCUGCCGGAGCGCUUGUUGCAGUACCUCGCUCAACCCCCGCCCUCCCCGGAAGGCGCUCCAAGCACCCCCACUAUCGAGCAAAUGAUCUCCAACGCCUGGGAGGCCUUGAUCACGGCACCUGCACGGCAGUGGAGUCGGGUGGCUGUGGGGGUCAACGCCUGUGUGGACGUGGUGGUGUCAGGGGUGGGGCUGCUCCAGGCCCUGGCCGUGGACCCCGGCGUGGGCCGCGACCAUGAGGUGCUCCACUCCAAAGAGGACCUGAGGGAGACCUUCAUACACUACAUGGAGCGGGGGGCUGCUGCGGAGCGCUUCUUCAACGACAAGGAGACCUUCCAGAGGAUUGCGCGGGCGGCCGCUGAGUACCCUGGAGCUCAGCUCUAUGUAGGGGGAAAUGCUGCUCUGAUUGGCCAGAAACUGGCUAGCUACCCUCAGCUGAUGGUGCUGCUCUGUGGCCCUGUGGGCCCUAAACUCCAUGAGAUGCUGGAUGACCAGAUAGUCGUCCCCCCAGAAUCCCUGCAGGAGACGGAUGAGUUCCACCUCAUCCUCGAGUACAAAGCAGGGGAGCAGUGGGGUCCAACCCGAGCGCCCCAGGCCAACCGCUUCAUCUUCUCCCACGACAUGGCCAAUGGAGAAAUGAGCACGCUGGAGACCUUUGUGGCCAGCCUGGAGGACUUCCGUCCGGACCUGGUGGUCCUGUCCGGCCUCCACAUGAUGGAGGGCCAGGGCAGGGAGCUUUGGGAGGAAAGGCUGAAGGAGGCGGUGGUGGCGAUCUCUGAUGUCCGCAACGAGGUCCCCAUCCACCUGGAGCUGGCCAGCAUGACUGACAAAGACUACAUGAACAGCAUUAUGCAGGAGCAGGUCAUUCCCAUUGUGAACUCCAUCGGGCUGAACGAGCAGGAGCUGCUCUUCCUGUCCCAGGCCAGCUCGGGCCCCCACUCCGAGCUGGCCUCCUGGGACGGGGUUCCGGACGUGGGCCGGGUCAGCGAUAUCCUCCUGUGGGUCCUGGAGCAGCACGGCCGGGCCGACCCGGAGUCUGAAGCGGACCUCACCCGGAUACACUUCCACACCCUCGCCUACCACAUCCUGGCCACUGUGGACGGCUACUGGGGCAACCAAGUGGCCGCCGUGGCCGCGGGUGCGCGGGUGGCCGGCAGCCAGGCCUGCGGCCUUCAGAGCAUCGACACCACCAAGGUGGCCCUCCGGGCCCCAAGGGAGUUCCACAGCUCCUACUCAGAACCUAGAGAGACUCUGUCUCUCAACCCUGCCGAGCCAGUAACCGUCUAUCGCCGGGGCAACGUCACCUUCUACCUGACCCCCGUCCUGGUGUGCAAACAGCCGCUGCGGACAGUAGGCCUCGGGGACGCCAUUUCCGCAGAGGGACUCCUGUACUCAGAGAUCCUGCAGCAGCAGUAGCACACCAUACUGAUCCAGUACAGCUCUUCUCCAGCCAGCAAUGUGCAAUGGAGUGCGGAUUUGUUUUCACCCGGUGAUGAAUGUCAUUUUUUUUUUUUUUAUUAAUUUCGUCAGUCGUGCUCUAGGUGGCAGUGUCCUGUAUGAUGCACAGGCCCUACUGACAUUGGGCGUGUUUUAAGCCAUUUCUUCAUACUCCGAGGAGUUUUUUACCGUUUACCUCUAUAGUGUAUGAUUCAUAUAACGUACAAUAAUCUCAUCUGCCUUGUGUAACCACAGGUCUGAAAACGUUACUGUAAGUGUACAAAACAUCAAUGCCUCGGCUGCUAAAGAAAUCUGGUGACUCUGUGGGGCUCCAAAUCUAUUUGGGCUGGAGCUGUAGACAUCCGUGUUUUAUGUUGGCACGGGUAAACCACAAUAAUCAAUUCUGCAUCUUAUUUGAACCCUGGGUGCCCUGUAGAUUUGGAGCCAGCAACCUGCGUUAGGUCCUACACUCCCACCUUACUGCUCAGCAGGUGUUCUGGUCAUUACCUUCAUUGCAUGAGGCACAUUUGGAUCAGACUGGCAGGUACCAGCGGAAAGAGGAUACCUGGUCAUCAUUUACCAUCUCGCUGAUGCUGAACUGGAAAGACAACUUAAACAAGGUUUCUUUUUUUUUUUUUUGUUUUUGGUGUUGGUUCAUGCAUGAGUCUUUGAAGUUCUUGUGCACUCCAAUACAAGCACAAGCAGCGAAGCGCAUCUGUGGAUGCAAUUAGUCUAAUACAACAGAAUCCUUCUGCUCGUUACCUUUUGAUUCCGCAGAAAGGUCGAUACGAAACACACUGUUGCCACAGCAGCGACAUACUAUUACAAUUUGCAGUUCAGACAUAAUUUAAUUAAAAGCUUCCUAACUAUAGAACAGGCGUCCGGAUCACUUCUGUAGUAGGUGUUAUCUACCACAAAUCAAAGAAAAGAAAAACAAAUAAAUGCACUCUCAACCUUAGCAGUGGAUUAAGACUAUUUAUACACAUGAAAUUAAUGUAUUGUUAGGGGAGGUUUAAAGUGUUCCCCUUAAUGCAUGUUGACCUCCACUUCCAUUCCCUCUAGUGGCAGAUGGUCAUUUCCAUGUUGUCUGUAGCCAUGUUUGAUUCAUUGAAAUCCAGA